AUGGCUGUUAAGAGGCCCCAGAAGAUAUCCGACAGUCCAAAGGACCUACCGGUUGCUAUCAUCGGAGCAGGUAUGGGCGGACUUGCAAGUGCCUUGACACUCGCCAGGAAGGGUUUCAAGGAUAUCCAGGUGUUCGAAACUGCUUCCAGCUUGGGCUUCGUCGGGGCCGGGAUUCAGAUGGCUCCCAACCUCGUCCGGAUCCUGACCCGGCUCGGUUGCUGGGACGAGAUCGGAGCAGAGGCAACCGACGUCUUGGAAACGAGCGUCAGAGAGGGAUCUUCUAAUGAAGAGCUGGCCCAUGUGAACAUGCCAGACAUACGGAAGAUGUACGGAUACCCGCACUGCACCGGACACCGGGCCACCCUCGCCGGCGGUCUCUACAAGGCCUGCCAGCAAGAGCCGGCCAUCACCUUCAGGUUCGGCCACAGCCUCGAGAGCGUCGACUCGUUCGCACCGCAGCCGACCCUGACGGUGAAGCCGCGCGACGGCGAGGCCUACCAGGUCAAGGUCGGCAUCCUCAUUGGAGCCGACGGGGUCAAGUCCGUGACCCGGACCCACCUCCUCGGCCAGGCCGGCCUGGAGGCAGCCGUCGAGGACACGGGACAGGCAGCCUACCGCGUCCUCCUCCCCCGCGAGGCCAUGCGGUCCGACCCGGAGAUGAUGGCGCUGCUCGACAGCAGCCAGGUGACGCGGUGGAUCGGCGAGAAGCGCCACUGGAUCUGCUACCCCAUCGCAUCCAGGACCAUCUACAACAUGUCCUCCAUCCAGCCCGACGACAACUUCGCCUCGGCCCCCUCGACCACCUACACCACCAAGGGAUCCAAGAAGGCCAUGCUCGACGCCUUCUCCGACUUCUGCCCCGUCGUCCAGCGGAUGCUGAACCUGGUCCCGGACGGGGAGGUGUGCGAGUGGAAGCUGAGGGUCCACAAGGCCCUCCCGACCUGGGUCCACGGCUCCGCCACCCUCGUAGGCGACGCCUGCCACCCGACCCUGCCCCACCUCAACCAGGGCGCCGCCCUCGCCAUCGAAGACGCCGCCGUCCUGGCAGAGGUGCUGUCUCGCGCUCCCGACGCCACGCCCGAGGCUGUCAACAGGUCCCUGCAGGUCUACGAGCUUCUCCGGAAGGAGCGCACCACCACGCUCGUCGACCUGGCCGCCCUCUCCGGACGCACCCUCCAUCUGGGCGCCGGCGCCGCCAAGGAGGAGCGCGACAGGCAGUUUGCCGAGGCCAAGGCGAAUGGCGGGGGCAAGGUGCCCGAUAAGUGGGCAUCCCCGGAGGUCCAGAGGAUGAUCUAUUCCCACGACUGCAUGGACGUUGCGGCGGAGCAGUUUGGCAAGCUGUACCAGAGCCUGAGUUAG